CACUGGCGAUUUCAUAUUCUCGAGGCAAUAUCAAUACCGGGCUCGUCCUCUGCUUUGUGCUGCUUCGGUCAUCCUUCCAUCGCCUAUCUCCUUGCACCCCUGUCUCCUUACACCCCCUGAAAACACUUUGGCCAUGGGAGAACUCAAACCAGGAAAGAGGCUGUCGCCGCUUGGCCUCUUCAAAGAAGUCUUCAACUGGUACCCCUCAGAGUUAGCUGCCGCCGAGCGCAAGCUCUUGUUCAAGUUAGAUACUUCCAUCCUGACCUUUGCGUGCCUCUGCUUCUUUAUCAAAUUCCUGGACCAAACAAACAUCAGCAAUGCAUACGUCAGCGGCCUCAAAGAAGAUUUCAGCCUCUACGGCGACGAGCUCAACUACAUUAACGUGUGCUACUUCACCGCCUAUGUCAUCUUCCAGGUGCCGGGGAUGCUCUUGAUGUCCCGCCCCAGGCUGGCGAGAUGGCUCCUCCCCACCCUCGAAGUGCUCUGGGGCAUCGUCACGUUCGCGCAGUGCCGCGUCACAAACAUCCAACAGAUCUACGCCUGCCGCUUCAUCAUCGGCAUGCUGGAGGCGCCCGUAUUCGCCGGCACUCACUUCAUCCUCGGCUCGUGGUACAGCGGGCCGGAGCUGUUCAAGCGGGCGGGCACGUGGUUCGUGUGCAACCCGCUGGGGACCAUGGUCAGCGGGUACCUGCAGGCGGCCGCAUAUACGAACCUCUCGGGCGUCUACGGCAUGCCCGGGUGGAAGUGGCUGUUCAUCAUCGACGGCGUCAUCACGGUGCCGUGCGCCCUGCUCGGCUUCUGGGUCUUCCCCGGCGUGCCCGACUCGCCCAAGGUCUUCUUCCUGACCGACGCCGACGUCACCCUCGCCAAGCAGCGCCUCGAGCGCUCUGGCAUCCGCCGCCCCGGCAAGCUCGACUUUGACGUCUUCAAGCGUACGCUCUCGCGCUGGCACAUCUACGUCUUCGUCUUUUGCUACAUCUGCAUGAUCAUCUCAUCAUACCCGGCCGGCUACAUGAACCUGUGGCUCAAGUCCGAGGGCUACUCGGUGCAGCAGAUCAACACGCUGCCGACCGUCACCUCGGCCAUCAACAUCGUCGCGUCAUGGCUCGGCACCACGCUGGCCGCCAUCUAUCCCAGUUGGGUCAUCUACUCCAUCGUCGAGGGAGCCUGCAUAUUUUCCAGCCUGGUCAUGAUCAUCUGGAACGUCCCCAAGCCGCUGAAGUUCGUUGCGUGGUACCUUUUCGGUCUAGCCGGCUGCGCGAGCCCGAUCCUGUACUCGACCGUGAACACCAUUGUCAAGGGAGACUCGGAGGAGCGAGCACUAAUCAUGGGCUCAAUGAUGACCAUCGGGUACUCGUUCAACGUCUGGGUGCCGCUGCUCCUGUUUCCCACCGCGGGACCGGACGGUGCCCCGAGGUGGCGCAAGGGCUGGCCCGUCACGCUGGUCUUUUUUUUCUUGCUGUGGGCGGGAUUCGUCACGGCCAUCGUGGUGCAUAAGAAGAGGGAGAAGAAGCGUCUUGCGAACCUAACCGAGACGGCCAGCGACUCGAACGACGCCGAGUCGAAUGACGCCGGGUCGGCGGUUGGUGUGAUUGCGGAUGUCGUGGACGUAAAGAAGUAGACAGGGACUUCAAACGGUUAAUAACAGCCAUAUACCCAGCCCAGUCAUAUAUAUCCGUUGGAUUUAGAUGAGUACUUACGAGUGAGCCUGGUGUUAUGAGUGAGCCUGGUGCUAUGAGUGAGCCUGGUGUUAUGAGUGAGCCUGGUGUCUAUGAGCAAAGAUAUGAAUAUUGAAAAUGACGAAGAUAAAUCGAC